AUGAAGUUUAUUCUGCCAGUGGGUUUUAUCGCUGCUGCCCUUGCAAUGGCUCCUGUCCGCUUUGACAGGGAGAAGGUGUUCCGUGUGAAGCCCCAGGAUGGAAAACAAGCGAGCGUCCUGAAGGGCCUGACCAAGGCCCAUGAGCUUGACUUGUGGUACCCAGAUGCUAUCCAUGAUGUGGCUGCUAACAUAACAGUGGAUUUCCGAGUUAGUGAAAAGGACUCUCAGGCCAUCCAGUCUACCUUGGACCAAAAUAAAAUGCAGUAUAAAAUCCUGAUACACGACGUACAAGAAGAAAUAGAGAAGCAGUUUGAUGUUAAAGAUGGAAUCCCAGGCAGGCACAGUUAUGCAAAAUACAACGACUGGGACAAGAUUGUAGCUUGGACUGAAAAAAUGGUAGAGAGAUAUCCUGAAAUGGUUUCUCGGAUUAAAAUUGGGUCGACUGCUGAAAAUAAUCCAUUAUAUGUUCUCAAGAUUGGGAAAAAAGAUGAUAAGAGAAAGGCUGUUUUUAUGGACUGUGGCAUUCAUGCACGAGAAUGGGUUUCCCCAGCAUUUUGCCAGUGGUUUGUAUACCAGGCAACCAAAAGUUAUGGAAGAAACAAAAUCAUGACCAAACUCUUGGACCGAAUGAAUUUUUACGUUCUACCUGUACUCAAUGUCGAUGGAUAUAUUUGGUCAUGGACUCAGGACCGCAUGUGGAGAAAAAACCGUUCCAAGAACCAGAAUUCCACCUGCAUUGGCACUGACCUCAACAGGAACUUUGAUGUCUCGUGGAACUCUAACCCCAGCACUGACAACCCGUGCUGGCAAACCUACAGGGGCCCUGCACCAGAGUCUGAGAAAGAGACCAAAGCCGUCACUGCCUUCAUUCGGAGCCAUCUGGACUCAAUCAGGGCUUACAUUACCUUCCAUUCCUACUCCCAGAUGCUAUUAUUUCCCUAUGGCUACACAACAAAACUGGCACCCAACCACAAAGACCUGGUCAAAGUUGCAAAAAUUGCCACUGAUGUUAUAUCAACUAGAUAUGAAACCCGUUACAUCUAUGGCCCAAUAGCAUCAACAAUUUACCCAACAUCAGGUUCUUCUCUGGACUGGGCUUACGACCUGGGCAUCAAACAUACGUUUGCCUUUGAGCUCCGUGACAAAGGCAGAUUUGGUUUUCUUCUUCCAGAAUCACAGAUAAAGCCAACGUGUAAAGAGACCAUGCUUGCCGUUAAAUUCAUUGCCCGGUACAUCCUCAAGCACACUUCCUAAUGAAUUGCCUUCGGUUUGGAAUAUGCCAGUUGACCCAGUGAUCCCUAGGUAGAUCUUCGCGCCACUUGAACACAUCCUUCUCUUGAACACAAAGUCCUCCAUUAACUGCUCUUUGUAUUUACUCCCAAUAGCACCUUA